GUGGCGAUGUCGUGCCUGGCUGCAGUGGUGCGUUUCCUUGAACUGCUGUCUGAUGAGUCUAACUUCAACUCCUUCAGUCUGACCACUCUGGAGCUGGGUCAGUACAUGAGGCUGGACAAUGCUGCAGUGAGGGCUCUUAACCUCUUCCAGGGAUCGCCUGACGACACCAGUGGAGCUCAUUCAUUGGCCGGUCUGUUGAACAAGUGCCGUACGCCGCAGGGUCAGCGGCUGGUCAACCAAUGGAUCAAACAACCACUCAUGGACAAAACCAAAAUAGAGGAGAGGCUGGACCUGGUGGAGAGUUUUGUGUGCGACUCUGAGCUCAGGCAGACCUGUCAGGAGGACUUGCUGCGGCGGUUUCCUGAUCUUCACCGUCUGGCCAAGAAGUUCCUCCGUCACACUGCGACACUGCAAGACUGCUACCGCGUCUACCAGGCUGUGAGCCACAUCCCUGCCCUCGUCACAGCCCUGGAGAAAUACUCGGGUAGCUACGAGGUUCUGUUGGAGGCGGUGUUCCUGUCUCCUCUCAGAGACCUGCAGAAUGACUUUGCGAAGUACCAGGAGAUGAUUGAAACCACUCUGGACAUGAACCAGAUUGACCACCACGAGUUCCUGGUGAAGGCGUCUUUUGAUCCAGCAUUGAGUGAACUGAGAGAAAAGAUGGAUACGCUGGAAAAUAGCAUGCAGGCAGUCCUGAACAGCGCAGCCAGGGAACUAGGUCUGGAUGCUGGUAAGACGGUGAAGCUGGAGUCAAACGCCAUGCUCGGUUUUUACCUGAGAGUCACCUGCAAGGAGGAGAAGAGUCUGAGGAACAACAAGAAAUUCACCACCCUGGAUGUUCAGAAGAACGGAGUGCGCUUCACAAACAGUAAACUGAGCUCUCUAAAUGAGGAGUACACCAAGAACAGGGAGGAGUAUGAGGAGGCCCAGAAUGCCAUCGUGAAAGAGAUCAUCAACAUUGCUUCAGGUUACGUGGAUCCCCUCCAGACGCUGAGCGACGUGAUAGCACAGCUGGACGGUGUGGCGAGUUUUGCCGUGGCGUCAGUCUCUGCUCCCGUGCCGUAUGUUCGGCCCCGUCUGUUGGCGGACGGCUGCAGGCGUAUGGAGCUGCAGCAGGCCAGACAUCCCUGCAUGGAGACGGAUGCAGACACCGCCUUCAUACCCAACAACAUCACCUUUGUCCAGGGAGAGAAGAGCUUCUAUAUUAUAACAGGACCAAAUAUGGGCGGCAAGUCAACAUUUAUCCGGCAGGUAGGUGUGAUUGCGCUGAUGGCUCAGAUCGGCUGCUUUGUGCCAUGCGAGAAGGCGGAGCUUAGCGUGAUCGACAGCAUCCUGGCCAGGGUGGGAGCGGGAGACAGCCAGGUGAAAGGAGUAUCUACCUUCAUGUCAGAGAUGCUGGAGACGGCUGCCAUUCUGCGCUCGGCCACGGGAAACUCCCUCAUCAUAAUCGACGAGCUUGGCAGAGGCACGUCCACAUACGAUGGCUUCGGUCUGGCCUGGGCCAUCAGCGAGCACAUUGCCUCCAACAUUGGCUGCUUCUGUCUGUUUGCCACUCACUUCCAUGAGCUGACGGCGCUGGCAGCACAGCAGCCCUCUGUCCAAAACCUGCACGUCACAGCCCUGACCUCCCACAACACACUCACCAUGCUGUACAGAGUCAAACCAGGUGUGUGUGACCAGAGUUUUGGGAUCCACGUUGCCGAGUUGGCUUGCUUCCCACCAUCUGUGGUUGCCAUGGCGAAGGAGAAGGCGGAGGAGCUGGAGGAGUUCCAGGAACCUGGAGGGGAGAAGUCAGAGCAGGAGGAGGAACCUGAGGCCAAGAGACGGCGGACAGACAAACAAGUAGGGUGCAAUUUUCCAGUAUCCUGCUGUCAUCACAACCUAGUUAUAUUGAUCACGCAUAAUGACCUCCUAUGUUGUCUGCAUAGGUGACGAGUGGGUCGAGCAUUUAUAAGCAGUGU